UUACCGUAAAGGUUCAGUGAAAUAUACAAGCCGUACGGACAGAGCGUCUUCGACCAACAGUCGUCUUUAUCAGAUUUCUGGAAAUAUUAUUCUACUGUUUUACGUAAGUCGUUGACUGGACAUUAUUAAAACACUGAGUUGAAGGUUUAAAAGUACUGUAUUGCAGAAACCACUGAAGAAUAAGUACUUUGAGUUCGUAGUAAGAGUGCACUGUACCGCAUUUUGCUGAUAGCACUGUUCAGUCCGGGAGCUGAACCACGCAGCCUUAACUUUCUGCUGCAAGUCACAGCAGGCAGACGGGGGAUGCCUAUCAGGACGGUGAUGGACGGUACCCGAUAUUUUGGACCGAGAAGUCCAGUUUGUUUUGGCCCAGAAAACACUGUCCCGGCGAAUAUCAAUGCCUGCCCGGAUAGCCAACGCAAGAUGUACCAUACGAAAAUGGUUGGGAAUUACUUUAUUGGAAGAAAACUCGGAGAAGGCUCCUUCGCCAAAGUAAGGGAGGGUCUGCACGCUGUGACGGGAGAAAAGGUGGCUAUAAAGGUAAUUGACAAAGCGAAGGCAAAGAAGGACUCAUACCUGUUGAAGAACUUGCACCGGGAGGGCCUCAUCCAGCAGAUGGUCCUUCACCCCAACAUCAUCCAGCUGCUGGACAUCCUGGAGACGGAGGCCAGCUGCUACCUGGUGAUGGAGCUGUGCAUGGGAGGAAACCUUCUGGAGAGACUCUUAGAGAGGGAACGCCUGGAAGAAGCAGAGGUUCAGAAGUACAUUCGGCAGCUGGUCAUGGCUGUGGAGCAUCUGCACAGCUCAGGGGUGGUUCACAGGGACCUCAAGGUGGAGAAUCUCCUUUUGGAUGAAAACAGCAACAUUAAAGUCACAGAUUUCGGUUUGAGCUCCUGCGCCAGGAGGCGCGGCACCGGUGACCUGCUGAGCACACAGUGCGGCAGCCCCGCCUACUGCGCCCCGGAGCUCAUCUCCCAGAAGAAGUACGGGCCCAAAGUGGACGUCUGGUCCAUAGGGGUUAUCAUGUACACCCUGCUCACCGGGGCCCUGCCCUUCACCAUGGAGCCAUUUAACCUCCGUCAGCUCUGGCAGAAGAUGGUGCAGAGACAGAUGAACCCGCUGCCACAGAAGCUGUCGCCAGGUGCCGCUGGCUUGCUUAGGAACCUUCUGGAACCUGACCCAGCCAGAAGGCCUAGCAUUCGUCAAGUAAUGGCUGAUCCGUGGCUUUUGCCGGCCAACCCGAGGGCCAGAUCCCUCUACCUGAACAGACCGCCUAUGGAGAUUGACCACCAUGUGCUUGAGCACAUGACUGUGAAGAUGGGCUUCCAGCACGAGGAGGUCCUGAGCGCCGUGCUCAAAAACAGGCCCUGCCACACGCUGGCCGUCUACUACCUGCUGGAACGGAAACGCAGGAGGGUACAGGGGCCACGCGAGGAGAAGCAGCUAACGGGAAAGGAGACGAAAAGGCAAAGUGGGGAAGAAAACUGCAGAAAUGGACAGAUUCCUUUGAGAAGGUGCUCAGCCAGUUGCGGGAACCAGAGAGCAGUUUUGUCGACUGCUCUGGAACACCUGAACAGCUAUCCUGUGCAGCUCGACCCACCUCGGCCAAUCAGGCGGCAGGAAACGUAUCCCCCGACCAAUGGGAUCUCACUUCAGGGCCGACCCCAACAGCAGCCCAUCCCUGCCAACGCCAAGACUCACUUCAGGACCCUGGGCAUCAAAGCCGCAUGGUGCAGGUUCAUCCACAGCAGUCCACCCCCUUGCCCGGUGCCCCCGGUCUUCCAAACCUACAGCCCUGGCUUGAAGACGGUGCCAGAUUUCAUUCCAUCUAGCUUCCCCGUGGCUCAAAAGCCACCGGAGAACUUGCCCCCGGCCAAGGAGAGCAGGUCAGAGCCAGAGGGCCCCAGGUGGCGGGCCCGGCUGCCGUCCAUCAGCCUGGGGCAGGCGCUGCGGCGGAGCAUGUCGUUCCGGCACGCCGCUCCUGCCGCGGAGGCUUCGUUCUGCCGGAGGCGCAUGACGUUGAGCCCUUCACAUACGCUGCGCUGAGGCAUCCUGGGAAAAGUGCAGCCGGUGCCGUGGAAGCGGCCAGCCAAAGAUCCGGGGGCCGUUUACCGACCAAAGCGCCGUUUAAGACAGCCCUCCUCCACCUCUGCCUCUGACUUCCGAGGCCCCGCCUUUAAUUCUGUGCCAGGGAACACAGCAGCAUCGCCUCAAACCUGACAGCGGCAGGCGGUUUAGCGGGUAGGAUGGCUUCCUGCUGUGCGUCUGACUGUUAAUGGCCAAUAUGGAAGGCUCUUAAGCGGAAGCACACUUUCCGUCUUUAUCAACUACAGUGACAAAACAAAAAUGUGAACUUUUAAAAACUAAAAAAAAAAAAAAAAAAAGACUGAUAUAGUGAUAUUUCUCUGUGAAAUGAGGUAAACGGUGAACAGGCUGCAGUAUUUAUGUACUGUAUGUAUUUUAGUACAGUUAUAAUGUGAAAAAAACAAAUUGGUGCCAUUAGUGAAAACCUUGCAACUGUGGUCCAAAAAUACAAUGAAACAGCAAAUACCCAGACUUUCCACAGGACUACAGUGUACCUUAAACUGUGCAUAAAAGUCUGCAUGACCCAUCCUCAACUGCCGUUUACUAUUAGACGAGUCUUACUCCAGCUCCUGGAAGAUGGAAAGACCAGUUUAACUGCACCAUUAUCAGUAUGAGUCUCCCACUGUCAUACAAAAAUGCUAAUUGCUGUUUAUAGGCAGGAUUCAUGUUCAAUAAAAACGUGUUUGAUUGCAAAA